GGGCGGUGUUGCUGAUUGGUCAGAUGGCGGGGGCGCGGUGUUUGAUGGGAAGGGGCUGCAGGAGCGCUCUGUCACUAGUGGCUGCUGCCUGCUGGGGCGGGGGAAGACUUCCAGCCAUCGCGGCGGCGGCUACGGCGGCGACGGCGGGCGAGCGAGCGUCAGCGCCGGGCUUGGCCCCCUUGGUGCAGCUUUGAAUUCCAUUACAAAAUUGAUGAAAGUCAUCAGUGUAUCCUGUUUUCACAAAUAAAAUAUGGGUGGAUUAUUUUCUCGAUGGAGGGCUAAACCUUCAACAGUAGAAGUUCUGGAAAAUAUAGAUAAGGAAAUCCAAGAAUUAGAAGAAUUUAGAGAGAAAAAUCAAAGAUUACAGAAACUGUGGGUUGGAAGGUUACUUCUUUACUCCUCAGUUCUUUACCUGUUUACUUGCUUAGUGGUAUACUUGUGGUAUCUUCCAGAUGAAUUUACAGCAAGACUAACUAUGACACUCCCAUUUUUUGCAUUUCCAUUGAUAAUAUGGACCAUAAGAACCGUACUCAUUUUCUUCUUUUCCAAGAGAACAGAAAGAAAUAAUGAAGCAUUGGAAGAUUUAAAAUCACAGAAGAAAAAAAUACUUGAAGAAGUAAUGGAAAAAGAAACUUACAAGACUGCUAAAUUAAUUCUUGAAAGGUUUGAUCCAGACUCAAGGAAGGCAAAGGAGCUUGAGCCGAUAUCUUUAGGAGCAGCUGCAACUGCAAGACCUGGACAAGAAAUCCGUCAGCGGACUACAGCUCAAAGAAACCUUUCUCCAUCAACACCAGCAAGUCCGAAUCAAGGAUCAUCAUUACAAGUUCCAGGAUCUCCUGGUCCACAAAAGGAUACUUCAGCUCCUGGUGGACCACCAGAAAGAGCUGUUGCUCCAGCCUUACAGUCAAAUGUGUUACCAAGGCGUCUUGGAUCCCCUGCUACUUCAAUGCCUGGAAUGGGUCUUCAUCCUCCUGGUCCACCAUUAGUGAGACCCAUUCUCCCUCGAGAAAGAGGUGCUCUGGAUAGAAUUGUUGAGUAUCUAGUUGGUGAUGGUCCACAGAACAGGUAUGCUCUUAUAUGUCAACAGUGUUUUUCUCAUAAUGGCAUGGCUUUGAAGGAAGAGUUUGAAUACAUUGCAUUUCGGUGUGCAUAUUGUUUCUUUCUGAACCCUGCAAGAAAAACUAGACCACAGGCUCCAAGACUUCCAGAGUUCAGUUUUGAGAAGAGACCAUUUUUGGAAAGUCAGAGUUCUGUGGGUCCUCUGCAACUAGGAAGUACAAUUUCACAAGGGAAUCAAUUGGCUGAAGGAGCAGCAGUGCCCCAGAAGUCUUAUUGUCUGUCUGAAAUCUCCGGAAUGAAGUCUAACUGGCCCAAACUCAGCCCCAGUAAGAGUCUUUAGAGGAACAACAUGUUCCUAUUAAUUGCACAGAUCAGACAGAGGAAAAAGCAUCAGAUCCUGAGCAGACAAAUCAAAUAAAUGAAAAGGUAACUGAUCCAGUGGAACUAGAAGACAGCAAAGCAGGGGAGGCUGAGAAUAAAGAAAAUACAGUUAAUGAAGCCAAAUCUACAGUUUCUAAUGCUAAUUCUGUUUCUGUUGAUGAACCAAAUGGAGAAUCUUUGAUGGAAACUGAGUAAAUGCUUCCAAGUGCCUUCAACUAGAUCUUUGUAACUUUGUUGAUGUCUGCUAUUGCUUUCCAGGUGUUUUUUUUUUUUUGAUUGGUUGGUUUUAGUUUUUUAACAGUCCAUUUCGUAUCUGAGCUCUGUGUGCCUAGCUAUUUCAGUCUGUCAAAUCUGUAUCUACUAGAUAUUUAAAGUUUAAAGGGUACGCUCUCAGUGCAAUAAAACCCUAUAGAAUGUACAAAGACUAAUGCAUUAUGACAGGAUCUUCUAAACAUAUUUUGGCCACUUUAAGCAAAUGUGAUAGCAAGUUUGUUUUCCCAUACACGUGACCUGUAAAUAAUAUCCAUUUUGUCAGAGGAAGAACUUUGAUUAGGAAGAACUAUUAUAGCAUUUGGUUUAAAGAAUGAAAAUUAUUUAGGAUUUUUACUGCUUUAAUGUUUAAAAUGGAUAUAGUUUUUAAACUGUAGAUAUUUGCCAGAUAAAGUGUAUAUUUAGGCAUUCAUCUUUAAGUCAUGUAACCUUAUUCUAUAACUGUAGCUAUAGAUAUUGUUACAGAAAUCUUUUUUAAUAAGAAUACAGUUGAACAGUCAAGUGCAGUAUUUCUUUUGAUGUCACUUACUUUGCAGAUGGGCCAAAGGCACACGUAUAUAUAUAUAUAUCUAGCUAGUGUUUACAUGAAGACAAAAUAGGAAAUUUCUCUACAUUUGAUUGUACUUGAAUGCUGACCAUUAUUUAUACUUGUAUAAUAAUGAUGUAAGUGAAUUUUGUGCCUUUGUGUGUGUAUUUUGUUAAGAAAAAUAAAGACUUAUCUAGAAGCAUUUUUUUAUUUAAAUUUUUCUUAAACAUCUAGAUUUUUUGAACCAACCUUCUGGCAUGUGAUUUUUUCAAACUAUGAAAUUUCAUAAUGUGCAGAACUCAAACUUGUUAAGUCUUAAAAACCAUUUAUUCUUUUCUUAGAGAGUGUUUGUAUUUAGAUUAGUUGCUUUUAAAUGUUGGGAAAAAUAAAAUGAAGCAUAUACUCAUUUUAUCAUCUUCUAAAUUCCUUUUAAUCUAGCAGAGUUCACCUAGCACAGUUAAUUAGUUUUAUAGUAACACAUUUUAAGCAAAAUAUCAUAAGAGCCAGUUAUAGGAAUUUAGAACUGAGCAGAAUUGUAAGUAGGACUACCCAGGUAGAAAGCAGGAACUACUUGGGUAUAAACUUUAUAGUGGGGUUUGGUUAUAAUGUUUAUGCAGCUUGUAGUACUUAUUCUAAUUUAUUUGGAAGCAUUUGCAAAAUAUGAAUCUUAUGCCUAUAGAUCAGAAGUUUAAAUUUUAAGAUAUUAAGAAUACUUCAUUGACACUUGGAGCUGUGAGCUUUGGAAAGAAAAUUUAUUAGUAUGACAAAUAGGUAUUAUUUACUGGGAACUAGAUUGUAAUUUCUUGUAAUGAUACCAAGGGUUAAAUGGGGAAUAGAUGCAUAUGAAUGAUUCCUUAAGAUUGAAACAUGGAAACAGAUAGUUCCAUGGUCUUGAUAUGAGUUUUUACUUUUUAUGAUUAAAAUAAUUAUUUCUUGCUUUCUUGUAGGUCUUAAAAAUUUUUUUUUUAAAGAUUCUUUUGGUACCCGCUGAAAGUUGAAAUGAAGUUGUUAUAUAAAAUUAUAUAUAUUCAGUAUACAUAGCAGCUAUUUCCUAAAUUGUACACAUAUGUCUUAUUAAAAACUGAAUGAAAUGUUA